GGGCUGAGCAAGUUGGCCGGGCCGGGUUGGCUGGAGGAUGAACACAAGCUGAGACUGAGGCAAGCAGCCAGUAAAGGAAAUCUGCAGCUUUUGUCAUUACGGUUUCCCCCUGUGCAGCAGGCCAGACUCACAAGUUUGUGUAUUGGGACGGGAAUGUAGGGAUUUCCUCCCUGCGAAUACUUGUUGGUGUAUCAGUAGUGUGUGUGUGGGAGAGUCACAAGCCUAUUCUGUUAGCAGCACCCCCUCACGGUCACACACAGGAGGAGGAGGAGGAAGCCGCUCGGCUGCUGUCACACUCACACUGUACAGUCUUGUACGAGACACACAGCGCUGUCGCUUGCACUGAUUUGCCUGUCACGCUGAACCUUUGCGCAAGAGCAGGUGUGUGUGACGGGACUGGAGCGUGCUUGCCCCGGCCUCCCAGAACCCACCCAUUACUGCAGGAGAGGAGGAGGAGGAGAGAGCCCGGUACCAAACCCAGGAUGAUGUGAAUGCGGAGCCGAGGCCGGCCAGUGCAGGCUGAAAAAACAGGAUCAUCAUAUAUUCAAGCUCAUCUUUUUUUUUCGGACACCGUUAGUGACUGUAAAUGUGUUGGAGUUGCAGUUUUCUGGGACACUAAAAGAAGCAAUGUGGUGAAAUCAAGUUACCAUAGCUUGGAGAAAUAUUGGAAUAUAGAUAAUGGGCUGUGUGCAAUGCAAGGAUAAAGAAGCCACUAAACUGACAGAUGAGAGGGAUAACAGUUUAACUCAGAGUUUAGGAUACCGCUAUGGGACGGAUCCCACCCCGCAGCAUUAUCCCAGUUUUACUGUGACGACCAUUCCAAACUAUAACAACUUCCAUGCGACUGCAGGGCAGGGACUUACGGUGUUUGGUGGGGUGAACUCUUCAUCGCACACAGGCACCUUGCGUACAAGGGGAGGAACAGGAGUGACGCUUUUUGUGGCUCUGUAUGACUAUGAAGCAAGAACAGAAGAUGAUUUAAGUUUUCAAAAAGGAGAAAAAUUUCAAAUACUCAAUAGCUCGGAAGGUGAUUGGUGGGAAGCUCGCUCUUUAACCACUGGAGGCACUGGUUACAUUCCCAGUAACUAUGUUGCACCGGUGGAUUCUAUACAAGCAGAGGAAUGGUACUUUGGCAAACUGGGCAGGAAAGAUGCAGAAAGGCAAUUGCUCUCUUUUGGGAACCCAAGGGGUACUUAUCUAAUACGUGAAAGUGAAACAACCAAAGGUGCCUAUUCCUUGUCUAUUCGUGACUGGGAUGAUAUGAAGGGAGACCAUGUCAAGCAUUAUAAAAUACGAAAGCUUGAUAACGGGGGUUAUUAUAUUACAACUAGAGCCCAGUUUGAAACCUUACAGCAACUGGUUCAACAUUAUUCAGAGAGAGCUGCAGGUCUGUGUUGCCGCUUGGUAGUGCCAUGUCAUAAAGGAAUGCCAAGACUUACUGACCUGUCUGUCAAAACCAAAGAUGUUUGGGAAAUACCAAGAGAAUCACUCCAGUUGAUCAAGAGGCUGGGGAAUGGGCAGUUUGGGGAAGUGUGGAUGGGUACAUGGAACGGAAACACAAAGGUGGCCAUAAAGACACUGAAGCCAGGCACCAUGUCUCCAGAAUCUUUCUUAGAAGAAGCACAGAUCAUGAAAAAACUGAAACAUGAUAAACUUGUGCAACUCUACGCUGUGGUGUCUGAGGAGCCCAUAUACAUUGUCACAGAGUACAUGAGCAAAGGUAGUUUGCUAGAUUUCCUAAAGGAUGGAGAAGGAAGAGCCUUGAAGUUGCCAAACUUAGUUGACAUGGCUGCCCAGGUUGCUGCUGGCAUGGCUUAUAUUGAGAGAAUGAACUAUAUACACAGAGAUCUGAGAUCUGCAAAUAUUUUGGUUGGAAACGGCCUCAUUUGCAAAAUUGCUGAUUUUGGCCUUGCUAGAUUGAUUGAAGACAAUGAGUACACUGCAAGGCAAGGUGCAAAGUUCCCCAUAAAAUGGACGGCUCCUGAAGCAGCGCUCUAUGGAAGGUUCACUAUCAAGUCAGAUGUGUGGUCAUUUGGAAUUUUACUGACAGAGCUUGUCACAAAGGGAAGAGUUCCCUAUCCAGGCAUGAACAACCGUGAAGUGUUGGAGCAAGUGGAGCGUGGUUACAGAAUGCCAUGUCCGCAGGACUGUCCAAUCUCACUCCAUGAGCUUAUGCUGAACUGCUGGAAAAAGGACCCAGAGGAACGCCCAACUUUUGAAUAUCUACAAGGGUUCCUGGAGGAUUACUUCACUGCCACUGAGCCCCAAUAUCAGCCUGGAGACAACCUGUAAAAUGCUGCCUGCAGAAAGUUGUCGCCAGGUUCAACCCCGUAGAAUUUGCUUCCAGUUUAUUGAGUGCCCACUAUAAGGAGCUCUUAUCUUCCAGUGCAGACUGCACACAGGUGUGGAGCUGAGAACUUCCACAAUAUUUUGAUGACCACUUAUAUAAUAAUCUGAAUGUUCUCUUUUGAAGAAGACAAAAACUGUGGCGAAAGUUAUCAGAAAAGCAAAACACAAAAAAAAGCCCAGUACUCAUACACAAGGACUUUGAGAUAACGCAUUUUAUCAAUGUUAUAUAAACUGCAAGACCUCUCUACAUGGUCAAUUGUAACUCUGUGCCAAUUCCCAAUCAUAGAGCCUUUGAUCCUUUCAGUUUGGGUUUUGAAAAGCGGAGCACUUGUCAUUUCAGCCAGUAACCAUCUUCAGAAGUAUUGCUUUGCAGAAGUGCCCUCUUCAUCUGAUGAGGAUAUUUCACUUAAAAGUAUUGAUGCAAUCUUCUCCAUGUUUUGCUUCUUUUUUUUUAUAUAUACAUAUAAUGCAUACAAUUGUACAUACAGUCAUCAAUUACACCUUGUACAUAGUCAAACUUGGAUGCCUUUUAGGAAAGGUCUUUGUUUCUCUGCUGUUUCCCCGAUAAAAAGACUCGCUAACAAUGCUGAAUAUGUAAAGACAGAGGACCUUUUUUUUUUUUUUGUUAACAAAGAACACAGUUGUAGUCCCAAUGUUUUGUUAAGCCAUACACUAUUCAGAUUCAUUGAUAUAUAAGACUGUAUUCUGAGAUUGUCUCGUGACCAGUGAAAAAUGCUCUAAUAGACUAUGGUUGUGUCUGUAUGAAGGAAGAGGAAAGUGCAGCCUUCUUCCUUUUGUGAGCAGCAACUGGUAAGGAGUCUGGGAGCUGCGGUUCACAGUCUCUGAUUUAUACUUUGGAACAUUCAGCAUUUAUCAGCCCAGAAAUACAAAAAAGAGAGAGGAAACUGUCCCGUGCUUUACUCUUUUUGUAUAUGCUAGCUACUGUUUACUUUUUCUUUCUUUUUUUUGCUAAGGCCAACAUCUGACUUUCAUGUUCUUCUUCGUUCACUUUGAAUCCAAAGCCAAGCGUAUCUUUAAUAUUAUAUUAGUUUGCUGCCAUGCCGUAAGCAAAAGAGUUGUGAUACACCUGCUGUAGCUGGUCGUAUUUACCGGUUCUGGUGCCUAAUAAAUAGAUUGACCAGGUGACGGAAAAGCUGAUGUCCCUGAAUGAGGUUUAAGAGGAACCGUUACUUAAUGCCAUGCAAAGAGUAUUCUAGGUAAUGGGCCUGUGCUAUCAAAGGACAGAUAUUAGCAAAGUAUGAUUACGCUUCUUGAAAGCAUGGUGUUGAUGCCCUAAUCUCAUUCAGCUCAAAGUUAAUAUAUUUCCCACAGUGUCGUAGCUCAUUGAGCCACGCCUAGCUCAACAAUCUUUUUAAUGACCCCCUAUAAGGAGUAACCAGAUUGUUCCUUUUUUACCUAUGUGUUUAUCAAUGUUCUGUACUUAACACCGACACUUAUGUGGGUCUCUAGAGGUUCUCCAGUGGAAUUACUAUGCACUAUGCAUUUCAUGGGGAAUGCAAAACGAGUGAUUCUUUGUACCAUUCUUAGUUGAAACAUGUUUAACAAACAAGGUCCUCAUUUGGGUUAUCAGUCAUGUUAGCAGUUUAACGUCCUAACUAAUUUCCUGUUAUUAUUUCUUUAAGAUUUUACAUGGAAAACUGUUUAACUUUAUUAAUUUAGUAAUUAAAUCUGAACAUUUUA